AUGACGUACAUUGUGACACUCCUUAAACCACUGUUACAGAGGGGUUUUCACGUGCGUAUCUAUCAUUAAGACCAUGACGUUUGCUCUUAUUUUGAAGGAUUAUGGAGUUCAAGUUCAGGGUUCAACAUAACUGAAAGAUAGUUAUUUCGUUAUGAUUUAACCGUAAGGCAAUCUGAAGAUGCGAUUAAAAACCUGUUUGAUUUCUUCAAUUCACGCUCUCCACAUGCUUUAAGCAACUGAAAAAAAUUCUUUAUCAUCAUUUAGUUGUCUUUCUUAUUUGCUCGGAAGCAAGAACGUUCGAGUUGCAAUAACUUUUCUCUCACUUUUGGUUUAAUAUUCAUUUCACCCAGUUGGAUCCAAAAGAUUUUCCAGUGGAUGUUACUGAUGACAAAGAUUUAGCCACUCAUCGUUAUGUCUCCCUUGUUGCAAAAUCUAACGAUAGCGACGUAACCACGAACAAGGAAGCAAAGGUGCUCGUUAGUUUUCUAGAUGGCAUUGUUCUUAUACAGACCGACAAGCCAAUUUACACUCCACAACAAAGUAGCAGUUUGGAGUAUGCUAAAGGUGAGACUGAUAUCAUUUUUUCAUUCGCCCAGUUGCCAAAUGGGUGAAUUUUCCUAUCGUAUAUUUAGCCUGAAGUACUAAACAGCUAUGAAUCUCCCGGAACUGCAUUUAAAGUUAGGCCCUAGUCCCUAUAAGGCCUCUGGAAGAUGCAUCUAUUUGUCUCAAUUUCUUUCAUUCCGUUAUGUGUGCGCAAGAUUUUCCGCCAAGGGAGUUCCGAACAAAAGUCUUCUUGGGAUUUAAGAACUCGUCAGAUAUCAGAAUGUUUUCUUUUUAUAAAUUGCUAGUUUCGGAACUAGAGGUGCCACAAACUCCCAUGCCCUCCCUCCCUUUCUUGAUUACGCCUUUCUAGGUAUUGUUUUCCACGUGCAAGGGGUGAACCCAAUUCCAAUUUCGAUUUAGGGAGAAAGAAUUAAAAAAGUCUUAACAGCUCAUGAAAAGUUCGGCGUAUGUAUCCAAGCCAUGCAACAUUUCAGUAUGCUGGACUGAUUGAAUGCCGGGUAAGGAAGUUCCAGAGUUUCAAACGCCUGAAAUAUGGAAGAGUCUCUUGGAAAGUUAUGACUCUAACUAAAGGAUUGUUUAUUUUUUCAGUUAAAAUACGGAUCAUAUGCCUAGGAUUCGAUCUUAAACCCAAAAAGGAGAAAAAGGUGAGUAGUUUAAUUUAUUCACUUGGAUGAAGAUGAUCGGAAAGUCACUUCAUAUAAUAAAAUACAUCGAUCACAGACUUCUGUUUGUACAAACCACUGAGUUUUGAACAUGUCAUUCACUUUCUUUCUUUUUAUCGUCCUCUGUAGGUGACAGUUAUUGUUAAGGUAAGACAAAUGAGAGUAUUUAAAGACAUACAGCAGUUAAAAAUUUAAAGGAACCGAUCAACUGAUUUCGCCCGCCUCAAUUAUGAAAAGAGAAAACAGUCCCAAAGUUGUAAAGCAAUAUUUAAGCAGUAAUGAAAACAAUGUCGAAAAAAUUCAGGCCCGUACGGGAAUUUAACUCAUGACCUUUGCGAUACUGGUGCAGUACUCUGCCAUCUGAGCUAACGAGCCAACCAGGAGCUGGUCAUUAUAUAGGCUCGUAAUAAAUUCAGUCUUGAAGUGAUGAAUCGAUGAAAAUCAUACCUGUGAACUGACUGGAUUAAGAAUUACUGCGAAGCUUGCUUUCAUAUUUAUUUCUUAAUCCGCAGUUCUCAUAUAUGAUUUUCAUAUAUUUAUUGCCAAAGGUUUACCUAUCUUCAUAACCAGUCGUCAGUGAUGAGUUGAGGUAGUGAUGAGUCAUUUUGUUUUACUUACAUCGUCGUUAUUUGAAGAAUGCGUAAAAAUCACUCAUGUAAAGAAUCCAUUUCCAUUUUAGAACCCUCAAGGUGUUGUGGUUCAACGAUGGAAGGAUCUGAGUACAGAAACUGGUAGGAAGUCUUUGGAAAAUUCAUGGUAUCUUUGGACCGCAUAUGCUCAAAAACGAAGAAGCUGUAUCAGUUUUAGUUUAAUUUUCUUAUCAAAAAACUGUCUCUUAAGAAAAUAAAGGAAAGCUUUCAGAAGCAGAAACAUGGAAGUAAUUAAACAUGUUGACUUUGUUUCGUCAUGUUUUAUCUCUAAGGUUUUUCUCUUUCAGGUUUUAUCAUCAAGAUUUUUGGUCUUAGUGAGUUUGCGUUAACUGGUCAGUGGACUGUAUUAGCACUUCAUGGACAUGAGGUGAAUGCAACUAAAAGUUUAUUGUUAAUUUUUUUUUUGUCUGUUUCCCUUAAAAGUAUGAAGGUUGAUGCUUGUUCUCUAUGGUGCUGAUAUAAGCAAUUUUGUUUCACAGAACACUCAAAAUGCCUCAGUAAAGUUUGAAGUAAAAGAAUACGGUAAGUGAGAACUUACAGAUGGGAGGAAAUCUAAUAAUUCCCAGUCGUUUAGAGUGUAUUUCGAUCGAAUGUCUUAGAGCCAAAACCAAAGUUAUCACAAGGACCAAUCAGAUGAGAGGCAAGCAAUACAAAGAGCCAAUACUCAAGAGCCAAGAACGCAUGAUUUGUUCAAGUUUUUUUUAUCUGAUUGGUUGUGAAAAUGGCGCGAGUUUUCUGGACUAAUUACGUAGCGAAGAAAAUCAAAACCAAAGCAAUAUCGAUGACUUAUGACAGUCAAUUUAAAAUCGUUCUGUUGCACUUCUCGUUCACCAGCUGGGUGUCACAGAAAAAACCUCUUUCACUUGCAAUGCUUUUUUAGCGACACUCAGGUACCGAGAAACACUUUUUGGGCAAUGCAAAAAGCUGCAUGGUGCAAAAAAUAUUAUGAACACGUGAGAGAACUUUUUAUCCCAUUACUUCGAACUGUAUUGCACAGCUAUAUAGGACACCCCAAAAAUACAAGAAAUCUGACAUCCUGUGAAGUAAUCUUAUGAGUACUUUCGUCUUGUUUCAAUUUAGUUCUCCCAAAGUUCUCUGUCGAGAUAUCAGGACCAAAAUAUGUACUUCCUAAUGUGAAAGUCGUUGGCGUUUCCAUCAGAGCCAAGUAUGUUAUUCAAUUUUUUUCUCUUUGUUUGAAGUCUCUGCACUCAGGUUUAAUCCUAAUAAUAGAUAGUAUCGGAGAGUAGCAAGAGAAACAUAAGUGCUGUGCUAUUAUAUAAGUAAAUCUGCAAAUACUGAACUUUACCGAAGGAUCAGAAACAACUAUUUGACUGCCAAAGGUUAAAAUAUCACGGUGACUCAAGCUGAGUUAAAAAGCGUGCAGGGGACGUUAAGGAUUCCCCGAGAUUUCUACUUAAUCAGCCAGAAGGUAAGGAUAGCACUUUUCGACUGACUUGUCGCUCGCUUCAUUGCAUUAUCUUUGCAGUAAGUUGGGAAGUAGUAGGAACUUUGAUUGAAUAAAAAGCCCUAUCUUUUCCAGAUAACCUUCCUAAAAAAAAUCCCAUCGUGUUCUAUUGUGUCAGGAAUACUGCCUCAGCUUCCUUUUGCCAAAAUUACCCUUACUUUCACUUUUGUGUGGUGCAAGGUAUUUUAACACAUAUUCUUGUGUUUUUCAGAUACACAUACGGAAAGCCAGUUGAUGGAAGAGUACUCGUCAAGUUUUCCAUGGUAGGGGGACGUUUUAAAGACGUUUUGGUGAAGGAAAUACCAGAUCAGGUAACUGGAGUGGAACGUCGCAGCUACAUAAAAUAACUUUGACAUUUAUUUAUAAUCUCGACAGUUGUUUAUUAAUUUUUAUUAGUUUUUCUCUAUAUUUAUAUAUCUACUCAUCUAUCUAUUAUCCUAUUUAUGUGUUUAUGCUUUAAUUUAUACAUGUAUGUGUUAAUGUACCCAUUUCUUUCAAGAAGGCUCAGUACCAUUCUGAUUGAAUAGGACUUAACCCUUUUACCCCUUCGAAUUACUGACCUCUAAUUUUUCCCUACUUAGUAUCACCCUUGAUUCAAGUAUAAACGUCACGAGAAUAGAGGAAAUGACCGUCAAUUUUAGAAGCUGAUUGUAAAACAAAUUCUUUUUGUCAGUACCACAGGAAAUAAAAAGAGAAAAGUCUGAAGAACAUGACUACUAAUGUUAAGGUUUGAAGGAUAAAAAAAACGCUUCCACAACCUCAGCUUAUGAAUAAACUUUUCUCAUUAUCCCACUAAUCAAAUUAACCAAACAUAUCCUAAAAUAUACUUCCUUGGGAAAAAGGAAAAUGGGCGGGGGGGUUCAGUUUCUUAUCUUAGUCUAAGCUUUUCAGUCGACCAUGGAAAUCCAUGGAAAUCCUAAGUGUUACAGACCGUGUUCACUAACCAGAAAAAUUAUCCAAAGCCACACCAGAAAUCUCAACCAAAAUUACUCAGAUGACAAAAAAUUAUUCACAGUUACAGGAUGGUAAAGCUGACUUCAUUGUCACUACUGACGACAUUAAGAUCACUCCUGGUCUUCCGUGGUUCCCGGAUGGUCGGCGACUCCAGAUCGAGGCCGAGGUCAUCGAGAAAACUUCUGGAAAGAAAGAAAGUGCGAUAGACAAUGGAAUUUAUUUCGUCAAGUCUCCCUUCAGGAUUGAUCACAAAGCGACCACUGAGUUCUUCAAACCUGCGCUUCCUUUCCUAGUCAAGGUAGGGAAAAGCUCUUACAAUUCUUUAAAAUAUUACAAAAAUUGGAUUUUAUGAUGUACCAAACCUUGAACUUGAUAAGUCUCAGUGCUGUCACUACGUCAUGGACUAAAGCACAUGUUCUUUGAGCCAACAAAUUAUGUUUCAAAGAUUAUUUUAAACAUGAAACUAUAGUUUUCACUUUUUGUCCGGCUUACUAAAGGAACACGCCAAAGCAGAGCAACCGUAGUCUAAACAAAUAAAACUUCAGUUUUCAUCAUACCAUGUAAUAUUGUAAUACCUGAUAGAAUAUCGCGUUGAACAUCUCUUACGGUUCUUUGCUUUGUUGAUAUUUAAGAAUAAGCUUGGGUGAUAUCUGCUAUACAUCCAAGGCACUAAAUAAGCUAAAUCUAAACGAGCACAAAAAAAUUUGUUUCAUUUUAAAAAUAUAACCUCGAUUUCCUGUCGACAUUGACAGGUCGAUCUGAAAUACCCGGAUAAAACGCCGGCCCGUGGAAUUCCAAUGUCCAUUUCGGUAACCGGAACUACACAUUCUGGGAGCAAAAUCAACAUAGGGAAGACGGCGAGUAAGAAAGAUAACGUGAAUUUUGAAGACACAUCUGACAAUCAGGGAAGAGCUAAUUUCGUCAUCGACGUACCAGGAAAUGUCAGAAAAAUGAACAUUCGGGUGAGUAUUUAAUAAAAGCAUGCAAGGUUUUAUACUUCAAUUUUAUUUUGGCUUGACUACUUAGCAAACGAAUGUAAUAAUCCGGUAUUGGAAGAGAUAUCAACUAUUAUGCACACUGAGUUUGUUACAGUUGUAAACGUAAUCGCAUCACUUGGUAUCUUUUAAUACAGGUGGGGACAGAGAAAGACGAUUUGGAUCAUAAUACUUUUGUUGAGUUUGAUGUUCAUGCCUACAAGUCCCCUUCAAGAACAUUUUUGUAUGUCAGAGCAAUCAGGGUAAGUUUUCCUUUGUAUUUGCGUUUUAUGUCUUUCCUGGACCCUAAUAGUUGUCCGAUCUUGUUCAUUCAAUGAGCAUUUUGAUGCUCGCCCAUCUGUCUCAUGAUCCCGGCUCUCUAUCGCUAUUACAAAAACCAUGAAAGUUCUUUAACAACUGUUGGGUUGAAGACAGAGUUUCUUUUAAAUAUGGGAGUUAAAUUGCUUUUUGUAUGUUUAUCUAGUUUCUUUAUCUUUGAAUCGUAACGAAUAAGGAACCUUUUUUGUAAUUUGCUGGAGCACUCUCACGUAUUCCAAGAUUGUACUUACAAUUUGAUUUCAAUAUAUCAUUUUUCCACCCUAGGAAAAGCAGUAUUUUAAUUGUGACGUGUUUGUUAACAAGAACGCCUCCAAGAUUACUUUCAUGGUAAGCGCAUGGUUGCUUUAUGGAAUUCUUCUUCAUAGGCUAGAUGGAUCAGAUAUCAAUAGUCAGUUCAUCAUAAGCAUGCAAUCAACAAAGAUCUGAGCCCUUAAAGAUGAUUUGAACUUAUAACACUAGAAGUGGAGAACUCUACAAGUGAGCAACAGAAUAAUUGUGGCAAUAGGCCCAUAUUAUUGGUUAAUGCAUUUUACCUCAAACUGAUAUCAGCGCCAAACGCGAAAAACGUCCUCAAGGGGUGAGAAGAAAGAAAGAUAGAUAAAGUAAGUAAGUUGAAAGAAAGGAUCAUUCUUCCUUAUACACUCUCAAUUACAUUUGGAAAUAAUUCUAUAACGAGGACAUAAAUAUUUUCGUUGAUAAGUUGUACAAAGAGGCAUCGCAGUAUGCUAACAUUGCACCUGUUUCACGUCAACUUAAUGUGUUGCAGUUUGAUUUUCAUGUAACUCUCCCACCCAUAUCUCAGUUCAAACGAUUGUUUUUUUCAUCAGGUAAUUACGCGCGGUAGGAUACUUCGCCAGUGGGUCAAAGUCCAAAGGGUAGGGGUGAUAUCCAGCUUCCGGUUUAAGAUUCUUCCAGAAAUGUCUCCAUCAUCACGUCUAGUGGUCUUCUUCAUCGGAGAGAACGGUGAAGUUGUUACAGACAGCGUAUUGCUUGAAAUUGACGAUGGACUACCAAAUAAGGUAGAUCAUAUUUUUAUGAGAGGGGUCAAAAACCAUAUCAAAGAUACCUUUGUGACAAAAUAAGGGGACAAGCGUGCAUGGGACAUAUUUUACAUGAACUUUAUGAUUUAGGAUGCUUUACACCUCCAAUAGCAUAGAGAUAAGAAGUGCCAAGUCUUUAUAGCCAAGAUGUUUUAUGAUACUGGACUUUGCUACAUGAACGCGUUGUUUACUCUUCUAAUCAGGCGAGACCUCUGAGUACACUAGAAAUCAUGCAAGUUUCAUCACUGACAUAGAUUUGGUGCGUCUAGCGAUACAAACAUUUCAUGACAGCCGAGUUGAUAACAUAAAUUGGCCACCGUAAAGAGUUCAAAAGCUGACGUUUUGAGCGUUAGCCCUUCGUCAGAGCGAAGACGAAGAGCUAGCGCUCGAAACGUCAGCUUUGAAACUCUUUGCGGUGGCCAAUUUAUGUUAUCAACUCAUUUGAUAAUACCAAAUUACCCUGUUAUACUCCCCCACCGAUGCAACACCAUAGUUUCUUUAGAAACUUACCCCUUUUAUUCAAUGACAGCCUAUAUUUAGCAAUCGAAUAACGCUGUCACUUCAGAUCAGAAAACCCGUUUAUGUAAACCACACCAGGAGUGUAGGCUGGAGAGGGGAGGGGGGCAAAGUAGCUUUCAGGGUAAUACUAGUUUAAGCAUUGAAAGAGAGAAUAAAAUGAGUUCAAUUUAUUCUCUCUUGAACAAUAAUUCAUCAGUUUAUCACAUGUAAUUACCCCCUUGAGCUGCGCCCUUUAUACUUCGAAAAAAUAUUGUUCUCAGAAUUAAUUUAUGAUAUUGCGUUUACUUGCUCUUGUAUUUGGCCACUGAUAUUGUGAGCCUCUUUCCGCAGGUUGAGUUCCACGAUGAAUCACCGGGUAAACAAAUUGAUCCAGGUGUUCCUUACAAGAUCCAGUUAUCGGCGACUCCUGGGACGAGAGUCGCACUUUUAGCUGUCGACAAAAGUGUCUACAUCCUGAGAAACCGAGAAAAGCUCAACAAGAAAAGGGUAGGGAAGAAGCAGUAAAACAAUUUUGUUGUUUGUAAUGGGUCCACGAUCAUAAACGGUUGCAAGAGACUAAUAUAUGGUGAAUGAUCAAAAGUUGUUACCAGAAUAACUGCAGCAAAAAUAAACGCAAACAAACAAAUAACGAACUGAAAUACGUUAGUUCAUUGUUUGUUGUUCUACGCUCAUGCAGUUUUGUAAGCUAUUUUGCUGUGGAGGCUUAGAAUGGGUGAUGUUGGAGCAGAAAAAUUUUCGUCUAAGUGAAAUAAAACCGAACAUGUAUGCCCAGGUGAUGUUCGGGAGCGGGCCGUAAAGCUUAAGAGCUUUAUUAUAUAUUUUAUGACUCUGUCUUAGAGAGGGCUUGGAGUGGAGUAGGAAGAGCAAGUUUUUUAUGGUUGAGAUGCCUGCAAACUCUCCACGUUUCAUGCACUUUUAGGUGUUAAAUACCAUGGAGUCCCUCGACCUGGGAUGUGGCGUAGGAUCUGGUAGCGAUAGCCAGGAUGUAUUCUAUGUAAGUAGAACAAUUUAUGAAUAAUUUUGAACAUUUCUCUUACGCAGGAUUUCAUAAUUAAAUAUUUGUUGAACACUUUGAGGAGAUUCACAACGGGGUUAGCCGCUAGCCGUAAUACGGCCAAAAAAUUUAGCUGUCAGGCGUUAAACUUGACAAAUUCUAACAGAUAGUUGUUAAAAAAAAGUUAACCGUUAAAAAAAUUUUGGUGACAACAAUGGAAAGAUAUCAACCGUUAGCCAUAAAAUAGCCAAAAUUUUAAACGUUAGCUGUAAAAGCCAUCACCCCACUGAAACCCUCUUUUGAGAGCAGGUGCAAACCAUUGACUGCUUUGGCGAUUGCGCCUGGACUCUUUGCGUUGUACACAUUAUUACUGAAAAGCCCCCGUAGAGCAGAAAGGGGACCCAUUGAAUUUUCUCUUCCGUGAAUGACUCCGAUUAAAGAUUUUUGCAACUGCUUUAGUAAAACCUGGUAACAAAUUAUCAAGACAAAGUAAUUUCUCUCAAAACCACUUUGCCUCGAACGCAAAGACGACAUUUAUAUAACUUGGAUCUCGUAGAAUGUUAAGCACUUUGGAGGUUGCAAAAAAAUUCCAUUGGUGAACACAAUCUCACCAUAAAGGAUUAUGUACGUUGUUCAAUGCAUUCUAAUAUUUUAAUGGCUCAAAAAAUCUUUAAUUACAGAAAAGUGGAACUGUUGUAAUCACAAACACAAACAUUGCAAGCAGAGGACGUUCUGGUAUGCCAAGAACCUUUCCGUAUGUAGACAUGUAAUACGUGACCUUUUAAUUUCCCAAAAUAACUGGAUGAUAUGCAUUCAACCAUAAAGAACCGCUUUUAAUUAUGCAUUAGAAGCAAUAAAGACUGAAAUUCUUUGAUAUAUUAAAUGUACGCUUGCACCUUUGCACAUCUUCUCAACUUCUAUUCCAUAUCAGUUCACAAGUCAUUUCCCCUUGUCUAAGAGAAAAGGGAGAAAUCCCUUUAACUCAUUGACGACAAUGUUAAUUGAAAUAAUAAUCAUAAUUAGGAUGGUGAUAGAGAUAUAAAGGUAAUAAUAAUGAUACUAAUCAUAGUUCGUUUUCAUUUCCUUUUUAGAAUUUUCCUGUCCUCAACCAAAAAGCAAACGGGAAAGGCGGUCAACCACAGGUAAAGAAGUUUUAAAGAAGUUUAAUAUUCUUCUUAGCCUGUAUGAUCUCUUCGGUUUUUCCUUAUAACGACAAUCAAUUGAAACGCGCUUAACGAGCUUCGUAAAUACCUUGGUAGACAUAAGUAUCACAGAUCGGAGACCCGCCUUUCUUCUUUUUUUUCCUGACUGUUCUUGAAAGACAGACAUUUAUGCACCCCAGGAAUAUUUAUUGCUACACUUGAAUAACUUGUUUCUAACAGGUUUUUUGCGGUUUAAAAACUGCGAAUGACAGACAUAUGAAAAGACUUGCUAGGUUUUAGGGCUAUUGACGUCAUUACGCCCUAGAAGAGCUUGAAGAAAGGGUGAUAAUGUUAAGGUUGGGAUGUGAGUGAUAGCGCACGAAACUGUCAAUGUCGCAAUAUCUUUUCUUCUUUAGAUCUGACUCAGUGUUGUAAAAGAGGUCAGAUACCCACAAGAGCGACCUGUAUGCUACGAGCCAAGUAUUUUUUUGCUAGUGCCAGCAAAGAUUGCAGAGAAGAAUUUCUCCAGUGCUGCUUUAAUUUUACUGGGGAAAAAGGUAAAAUUGUUUGCAUAAGCAUUCGUUCAGUAAGGACGCUUUUUAAUCCUCAACAGAAUAAAUACCGCCAUUGAUCAGAAAUGCCCAGUUUUUCGGUCAUGUGCUUCAUUGCACACGCUAAUCGAAGUGGUUUGGCUAAAGAAGUACCAACAUUCUUCCAUACUUUUUUAUUGUCGUGUAUACCCGGACAGUUCUCACUUACGAUAAACAACUUUAGUCCUAGUCUCACGCUGUGUUCAGACGUAUCCGAUGCAAUCUCCAAACGCAGCAAAGUUGAGUAAAGAACCCAGAUUAUUUGAACUUCUACCACUGUUAGUUAAUAAUUAGUAUUGAAGUAUUCAUUCUCGUCUAACGACUGAACACUUCUGGUGUGGACCACAAGGUUUCGAUUGCAUACUGGGUCAACUGAGUACGCGUCAUCCCACAAAGCAUGAUGCCCUACUAUGAUUGGCCAGUAUUUAUCAGCUGUAAUUGACGCAUUUGGAAGAUAUUUUCCCUCAGCAGUGCGCUGUCUUACAGUUCUCUUGUUCUUUUUUUUCUUGAUCGUGGAUAUCGUCCUUGCUUAUCGGAUAUCUGCUCCAUUAUCCUUGUUCAAGUUGCUGAGAUCUCUUUUCAAACGCCUCUUUUUCCCGGCAUGCGUUGAAAAGAGGAACACGAUCAAUGAACUUUACCACAGCUGUUGAAUACUAGCCAAUCACACUGGUGCAUUAUGCUUUUAGAGGCGGCCCACAGUCAAACGAUGUAAUUGCCUAGAAAGAUAUUAGCAGUAUAAAGCCAUAACGUCUCGAUCACAUUUGAAGUGAUAACAUCAUAACACAUACAAUGAAACUUCUUAGUGUAUUAACGACAAUGAAUAACCACAAGCUUCGUUAUUCUUAAGCAGUGUUCAUUGCUGUGAAGAUUGCACGUGUAUUCAUUUCUUCAUCCGCAUUUCACAUACAUGAUUUUCAUAUAUUUAUAGUCAUUGAUUCACUUCACGGGUCUAUUACGAAUCAACAUAAUGACCAGCUCCUAGUUGGCAUGUCAGAUCAUUUGGUAGAGCACUGCAAAGGUCAUGAGUUCAAAUCCCGUACAGGCCUGAAUUUUUUUCGAGCCUUAUUUUUACUACUGCUUCAGUAUUGUUCUUCAAUACGAAGGUCGCGUUCACAUUCAAUUCUUUACUUUUGCCGAUUUUUUUACCAGACCCUAGGAAGACUGAAGUAAAAGUUCGUGCAAGAUCAUUUAGACAGUCAGACGAUGAAUUUGAAGAUGAAGAAAUCAGUCAGGGGCAAAUAAGACAAUAUUUUCCUGAAACUUGGAUAUUCAUGGACGAUGUUGUUGGGUACGUGAAUUCAUUUCUUGAUAAUAUAUCUUGACCUAUAAUGCUAAUGUAUAACGUAGAUUGAAUAAGCACCCGCGCACUGAAAGGUGGGGCGCUUAUGGAGGGAGGGUGCUUGAUUAAGGGGGAGGGGGGGCUUUAUCAUUCACUAGUGCUGAUGCACUGAUUCCACUGUCGUUGAGGUUUAAAAAUUUGUAAAUAAAGUGGAAAUUAAAAUUAAAAGGUUUUCCUUGUAUCCCCACUAUUAAAGAUAGUGAGGGAGGAGGGGGCACUUUUUCUAGGAGAGGGAGCGCUUGUUUUACAUCAUGGCUUGGGGGUGGGCGCUUAUUGGGGGGGGGAGCUUAUUCGAGGAAAUAUGGUAUAAAUAUUCCAUGGUAAAAAUGAUGCAAGGUUUGUUUCUAUUUCAAUUUAAGCUGGAAUCAAAGACAUACGUUUGCUUAGUAGAACUUAUGAGAAAAAUAUAGUGACUAUAUUUCCUGGGAUUAACGCGCAGUGAAAGUGAACAAAGCGAAUGUCAGAAUUGAAGUGAAGAUGGGUUAAUUCAUUCUCUGAGUCAUUUUACCUUGAGCAUGACUUCUGGUGGGGUUAGUGAUUUAUUAUUGAUUUAUCAGUCUCUGCUACCGACAACUCUCUUAUCCAGGACAACCUUUACCCGGGUGAUCAGUUUCCAUGAUCAGAUAAAUAUGUAAUAGCACCCUGCGUUCCUCAGGGAAACAUAACGUUAAUUUUUCUUUUUUUUAAAGUGUUUUCCUUGCUUCUUCCUCGUUGAACUUGCCAGAAUAACCAUUCUCUUUUCUCAUAGCCCUAACGGGAAAUUUCAUCUAGAUACAAACCUACCAGAUACCAUCACCACCUGGGUUGUUCAAGCUGUUGGAAUUUCAAACCAGACAGGGUUAGGAGUUGCUCGUCCAUUGAACAUCCAAGCUUUUAAGAAUUUCUUCGUUUCCCUUCGUCUUCCAUAUUCUGUUCAGCGAGGAGAGCAGAUCUCUGUGAUUGCUACAGUCUUUAACUACGGGGACAUAGAAUUUAGGGUGAGAAUGUGUUAGCUUGCCAAUGACCUCUCAACUAAAUUAAGAAAACUAAAGUGCCUCCUUCCUAAAAAAUUAACAUUUUACAUAAUUGUUGAAUCAGGAGGUAAGUUCCCUUUUUCUGAUGAUAGCAUAAUGCCUCUGGGUUCGAUAACUGUUCGACUUCGUGAAGAUUCUCUUUUCAAAUCCUCUUGUCAAAUAUUCAUGUGAUUUUUUAGUUCCUUGUCGUUAGAAAGUUCUUCUUGAGCUUGGGACCAAAAUUUAUGAAAGGAAAUUGUAAUUAUGAACAAAACACCUGGACUUGUGCUGCGUUUCAGUUUUAAUUUACUUUUACGGUUUUACGAAUAAUAGGAGCUAGCAAUAGAGGAAAUGUUAUUUUUAAGCUGAAACAGCCUGUAAGGGAAUUAUACGCUUACACUAUGAAAAGCGCGCCUCGCGACUCGAGGAGGGCGCUGAUACGAGGGCUUAGACAGAGAUUUAGACAUAGGGACGAACGGAAGUAUGGAUGGAUAAAUAAGUUAAGGAUGGUUAAGGUAUACGAAAUUGGAGAAAAUCAAAUAAAAAAAUCAAAGAAAAUUCAAAACAGAAGCGGUAAUCUUUCAUUACUCAUGCGAAUUGAACAUUAGAGGAAAAAGACUUCUUUUAAAGCGAAAGAAAGAAUGAAUAGAGAACUUUUUAAGGUGAGAUGGCGAGUUUAUUCCAUGUGUCGACCUUAUUAUCUUAUAGGUUAAAGUAAAGCUAGAAGAAAGCAAGGAGUUCUGUACCAAUGCUCCCACAGGCCAAAAGUCAGCGGUACUAAACCUGAAUGUAAAGGAAAACGAUGCAGGAUCUGUUACAUUUCCAAUAAUACCCAUCAAACUUGGAAAAGUGUCCAUUAAAGUGAUCGCCACAGCAGAAAUUCUUGAUGAUGGACUAUUUUUGGGUGAAAUAAUCGGCCCGACAGCCUUUGACACGGUGGUUCGCAGCAUUCUUGUAGUGGUAAGGCCAUUAGAGGUCUAUUGUACGUUUGAUGAUUGCCUAUGGAUGACAGGCUUGUGCAGGAUGUUGGAGACAUGUUGCCAAGUUAUUCUUUUUACUUAUUUCUUCGCAGCCAGAAGGAGUUGAACGACAUAUAACUCACUCAUUUCUUCUUGAUCCGCAAGGUAUUCAUUGUGAGGAUUUAUGAAAUUCAACUAAGAAAGUGCAUGCAGUUAUUAUGCUGACCUGAUGACGGUAUACUUACUAUAUGAUAUACGAAAUAAUAACACAAAAACGGACAAACGGAUUGACAGGGUGAAAAAAUAUCGGCAUUAAUUGUUCCAUGCGCGAUGUGAGUGUAUCGGUAACGAGAGAACAAUAGCGAGUGAUAAUAACAAGUGCUCCAUACAGAAUCGUCUUAUCUUCUAGCAAACCUGUUAAGGCCUGAUAACUGGAAAUACGCAUCGUUAAACUAGUUUAGAGAGGUAGUUGAAACGGUUGAUGAAACAUGAAAGGGUCAGAAUGGGUACAAAUCAGAUGGUUUGUCCCGAUUCCGUUAAUUCAAUGUACCUUUAUUUAAGGCGACAAGUUUACCUGACUACCUAUGCGUUUUUUACAGGAGUGUUGCGCGACGAAGCACCAGGCAAAGUCAAUACUUCUGCUCCUUCAACAGGGAUAAAACAUGAUCGUAAGUAAAGUUAUAGAACUCUGAUGAGGUACCAAUGUUUCAUUCUAUUUACACUAACCUUUCAUUUAUAUGUAAUGGACUAUUUAAGCUUUAUAUCACAAGGGAACAUUCCUUAUUUUAAAUGUCUUGAGCAGCAAAUGUAAGUGUCCUUGAUGUAUCCUCAAUCUAUACUCAGUGCUGCUUUAACUGUUUGUGGAUUUCUUUGUGCUCUUACACUCAAGUUGACUUAACCGUAUCAAAGCUGAUCAUAUUUAGCCUGAAAUAUUGUUUACAACAGUUACAUCAACUAUUUUUUUUUCAAAUUUUCCAGGAGUUGUCAACAACGGUAUGCAGGUAGACAGUGUGUUUCUCAAAGUUCCUUCCCGGGCAAUUCCAGGAUCACUAAAAGCUGUUUUGUCACUCACAGGUGCUAAGAUGCACGACGAUGGUUCAACAAGUUACUGUAUUUUAGCGUCAUGUAGGCCUCGCGCAUCAUUUCUACUCCUAAUUCCAGCUCAUUUAAUUAGUAUUCUAGUAUCAGUGAUAUCAAUAGGCAUGAUAACAGUUGGCAGAGGCUAUAUUGUUAAUCUGAAGUCUAUGUCAUUCCAACCUGUAAUGGCAUUUAGAAAAAGAAACUUGUUGAUUGUGCUGUUCCUAGACAGUAUCCAAAGGAAGAAUUUUUUGUGGCUGUAACUUUAGAUUUACAGUCAGGUACCAUUCCAUUAGUGUAGCAAAGGUUAGAAAGUAGAGCAGACUCUAUUAAUUAUCGGUUUUGUUAUUUGGAAAUGCCUGACAUGGUGCUCUACAUUCUCAAUUUUUAAAGCUAUGUUUGGUUGCAUCUGGGCGUCGUACCUUACAGAGUCCGCAUGCAGACGUUUCCAAUUAGACAUUGGCUUUACACCGCACUAACAAAAAUCCUUUGUCUUCUUUUCAAGGAAACCUCAUUGGUCCGGUGGUGACAACUUUAAUAACCGGUGGCUUGGAAAGCCUUCUUCACAUGCCCAUGGGUUGCGGAGAACAGACUAUGAUAUUCCUGGCGCCCAAUGUUUAUGUAAUGCAGUAUCUAUUAGAAACUAGACAGGUUACUGCUGACAUAGAAUCGAAGGCUUACAGGAUGAUACAAUCAGGUGAGUAACUGAGGUGGACAGAGUCGACGCAUUUUCCAAUAUAAUUAGUGAAAGACUUAACUCAAAAAUAAACUGCAUGAUAUAAUUUUUUCUUCGAAAAUAAUAAUUUCCAGGAUAUCAAAGGGCUCUUAAUUACCGAAGGAAGGACAGGUCUUUCAGUGCAUUUGGAGAGCAUCGUCCUGGUAGCACUUGGUAAGUCAGUUGUGAAAUACUCAGGAGAGCAAAACCCGUCUAUAGGAAAGCACUUAAAUGAACAGACAGGGCCGACAGAAAGGCAGACGGACGGGUAGGUAGGCAAACAGGUAGAAGGAUGGAAAGAAAGACAACCAGACAAGGAGGAAAGACAGACAGACAGGCAGGUAGACAGACAAACAGGCAUGUAGACAGACAAACAGGCAUGUAGGCAAACGUUUGGGCAGACAGAUAGAUAAACAGGCAGGCAGGCAAACGUUCCGGCAGAUAGAUGAACGGACAAACAGAUAGACAAACAGGCAGGUAGGCAAACGUUCCGUUAGAUAGAUAGACGGACAGACACUGAGGCAGACAAACAGGCCAACCGAGUAGAUUGGCAAACAGACAGACCAACGUACUGAUAGAAAAGAAACAGAAAAUAUACGAGUGAAUAAGACAAGCCAAUAAUCUUAAGCCUUCGCUUAACAGGUUGACCGCUUUUGUGGCGAGGGUUCUCUGUGCGGCACAAAAGUUCGAUGGUGUCGAAAUCGACCAAGCUCUUAUCUGUGAUUCAGUUAGUUGGCUUCUGGAAAACCAGCGGCAAGAUGGAGCUUUUCCUGAGGUUAAGGAUAUCAUUCACAAAUCCAUGAUGGUGGGUUUUCCGUAAACUUUUAUGAUAGCCUUUGUCCUAAAUAUCUAAGACUAUAUGGUUCUUUUUGCUCGGAUAUGCCACAUAUUUUACUGAUUCUUUUGCACUCAAGAGCAGCUGUAUUGGUUCCAAACUGUUUAAACAUGAUAUAAUGAAACGGCGUGCUUUUUAUGUUUCAUACGAUGGCUUUGGACGCGUUAUGUGUAGCGACUAAAAUAGUCUCCUUUUUCGGGUGUAAGCAUUUGUUUAAAAUUAAGGUCGGUAAGUAACUGCCAAAUUUAAUUUUAAAUUCAUUUUUGUAAGUUAUUUUCUCAUCAUCAUAAUUCAAUUCUCAUUGUUUAGGGUGGUACUCAUGGCGAUGUGGCAAUGACUGCUUUUGUUUCAGUGUCCCUCCUCGAGUGUUCAUGUCAUGGGAAGGUAAAAAAAAAAUUUCGUUUCCUGAUUACAUUUCCGUGAUUAUUAUUUAUUUAAAUUAUUUCUUCUUCCUAGAAUAAGAGUCACAGGAUUCAGAAUGCUGUGGCUUUCAUGGAAUCAGAGUUGGAUAGCAUAAGUAAAGUUAACACUUUGGCGCUUACCACAUACGCCUUAGCUUUAGCUGGCAGCAGGAAGAGCUCCAAAGCAAACGCAAAAUUACUGCGGAUGCAGACCUACGACAAAGGUACAAAUAACUUUAGCUUUAUGGAGCAAAUUAUGAUUGAGGAUAGAUAGUUAAUCAGAAUUGCAUUGGCUGCGCAUCACCAAGCUUUUUGAUUGGUUCAGAAAACUCACACCAUUUUCCAAUUCCUAACCUAUCAGUUACAAUACCAAAGCUAAGCACGAUUUCAUUGCUUGCGUUUUACGGCUCUUCGGGAAGUUUGCUUGUAACAAUUGCGUCUGUUCUGAUUGCUCGUUAAAAUCACUUUAGUUUUGCUUUUAGAACUUUGGUCGAAAUGGGCUUUAAUUAAGGACUAUAUUACCACGUUUUUAUUAACAGGAAAGAGUAGACAUACCUAUACGUUGCUAGAUGUUUCCCACCAUUAUUUUUUCUUCAAGUUUGCAUGGCUUUGCGUGUCGUGGCUUUCAUCUAACAACACGGAUAAAAAAUGCUGAGGCCAGCGGCGAAUUACGAUAAUUUGUGCCUACUGAUCAGCAACCGUCGGGUUCCAAAAUCGUUUUUACUGACUGGAAUUGUUCAAUUUCAGACGAAUCAACUCGUUAUUGGGACGCAGGAAACCAAGCUUUAAACGUGGAAACAACCGCUUAUGCACUGCUGGCUCAGAUGGCCGUUGGAAGACUGAAGUUGGCGGGACCCAUUGUCACGUGGCUUACCAGUCAAAGAGAUCCUCAGGGAGGCUUUGCAUCAACACAGGUUUGUUUUAGAAACCCUUGCCACUUAUUCGUUAUUUUUGUCAUCGAGUGUUAAUGAAUUUUUUUAUUCACAACCGGAUUCACGAGUUUUAGUUUAUUAAUGCUUCAAAGACUUUUCCAUCGUUUCGCGGACAGUAUUCUUGAAGUUUUUGACUAAAAGGAUUGAUCCUGAGAUCAUGCCUAUAAAGAUUUAUAACUGUAGGUUACGAUCUUAAUGGAACGAUAUGGUACAAUAUUUAACAAUUAUUCACCGAAGUGGAGGUGGCUCGUUAAUUAUCCACCACUUCCACCGACAUUAAGGUUAAUAAUUGUUUUCGUAUAUACUACACAGUUACCUAAAAAAGUUUAUUUCUUUCCAUAUACUCAUAAUGGUCGAAAAUUAAAUUCUUGACGCGCGAUUUUGUCUCAUCGCUUAUAAUAUUUGAUAUUCACUAAUGAACUAGCCAAUCAGCGCGCUAAGAGCACUUUUCACUCAUGUGGUAUAUGCGAAAGAAGACAAAAAUUGCGAAGACACCUGAGUUAAACGGAGUCUUUCCUUUUGAAAUAAUUUCUUUUUAAGCACUCUUCUUUCUCGUGUGAAUUUUUAUAUUAAUGAAUUACCACACUCGAUGAGUGUAGAAAGGAAAUGCACAUCACUCCUUUAAUACUUAAUAAUUAUUGAUCAUAUAUCCUGGUGCCAUUUUUAAGGACACUUGUGUUGCUCUGCAAGCGUUAUCACAGUACAGCGAGAAAACUGCAGGGGCAAGCCUUGAUUUGCGAGUGUCUAUAUCCUCUGAGAAGGAUGCCAGCUGGAAAAGAAGCUAUCAUAUUGAUCCAGACAACGCCCUGAUACUCAGACAGGAGGAGGUGAGUUUGAGCUCUAUUAAGCAGACUGAAUUGAAAUGCAGUUUAGUACUUUGUCUUUCGUCACGAUUUCUCAAAGUUCACGGGAUUGUUUGAUCUUGAAAAUUUAACAGUUUUUAAAACCUCCUCAGUAUGUAAUUUGUACUCCUGCUAAAGCGACUUUGGGAUUUCAAUAAGUGCAACGCAGAACGCAACAACGUUAGCAACCCAUUGAGGAUAGGUACAUGUGACAGCUCGAGGGGCUUACGCUGGAAAUGUCAGCUUUAGAAACACUUUACGGUGGCAAUUUACAUCAUCACAUCAGUUGAUAAAGCUAAAUUAUCUUGGAAUACCCAGCACCGACGUAGCGCCGCAGUUUCUUUACAAAUUUACCCCUUUGUUCAGUUCUAAACUAAAACUAGUACUUUAGAGAAAGCUUUUGCCGCUAAGUCUUUUUCACGGCUGGAUGUACAUUCGCGUAAAAUUGAUUGACAUCUAGUUUGUUUUCAACAGGUCACUCAUUUACUAGGUGGAGAAGUGUUCAUCGACUCGUUAGGAACUGGAGUGGGUCAACUUCAGGUGAAAUGAGACAUAGUUUUCAUACUCCUACCAAUCAAACAUUUUGUUAGAGCGUAUUUCGACUGAGGGUCAAAAAUCAAACCAAGGUAAUCACGAAAUAGAAGAUCAUGAGGAGCAAAUGUAAUAUUGAAUUCAUGAUAAAUACGAGCAAACGGUUCAGGCGCGAGAAAGGGUGGGUGAUUGAGUCGUGAUUGGUUUCAGCUUUCCAAUUGAUUGGCUGAGAAGGGGUGGAAGUUUUCAGUAGAACAAUCACUGAGCGAGGUAAAGAAAAACCAACGCAAUCCAAGGUUAUGCUCGACGCUACGUUAAAAACUUCGCUUAACUGAGAUAAAAACUUAAGGCAAUACCAUAAAGUUAUAAAAUCAUGGUUUAUCUGCCCUACAAAGAAGCUUGCCAUUUAAAAAAAGUUCAAUUCGAUUCCCUUGCAGAUUGAAGUGCGCCACAACGUUCCGUCGCCUAAAAAUGAAACUUGCUCGUUUGCUCUAAAGAUUGAAGUAAGAGAGGAAUUUAGAGAGGACAAUGAUAAGGGCGUGCCAAUAGCUGGACGCUCAAGGCAGAGAAGAGAUGACGAUAUAAGAGAAAGAAAAGCCAAGAAAUGUAGAGGAAAUAAGAGGAAGAAAGCGUGCAAAAAGAGGAAGAAGAAUAAAAAACAUCAUAAAAAGCCAAAAACAGAGGCCAAACCUCCAGAUGCAUUGUACCUCAGGAUCUGUGCAAAGUAGGUUGUGUGCUUUUAUUUACACUUCGUUAUCAAAACUCUGACAAGAGGUUCAUCUCCGUUAGACACAUCCUUUCUCGCUUUGCGCGGGAGCUACCUAUUUGAUAAUCCCGCAGAUUACUGUACACUUGCCCUUUCCUAUUUAACAUGUAUGUGCGUAGUCCACAGAAUUGAAUUUUGCUGUGCUCCAUUCAUUUAUUAACUGAUGUCAUCAUAGAUAUCUGAAGGCCGGUAAAUCUGGAAUGACGAUAAUGGACAUUGGUAUUUUCUCUGGUUUUACUCCAGAUAAAGAUUCACUUGUCGAGGUAAAUCGAAAAAAAUUUCUCUUUGUUUGCGGAACUUCAGUUCCUUUGUCUUGCUCAGCGUUCAAAUUUCAGGCAUGCCCAAGGGGAUCAAUUUUGGCCGGCCGCGCGCUUAUUUCCCGUGCAAAAUUUUAAAGGAAAGUAUUAGAAACAACUGCUGUCACGCAAAAUAUGCGAAGAAAUUGUACAGAACUCCGUCAAGGAAAUAAAAGUUGGGAAGAGGAAAAUUCUCGAACUUCGAACUUCGAACUCAAAUAUUUUUAAGUUCACCUACCCAUUUUUCUCUUUGAGCUGUAUCAUAAAAGCUAUCACAUGACUUAGUGGUUUGUGUGGUUGGCCUUGUAAGACGAUUUGGUUCUAAUUGCCUGAGAACACGCCACCAAGCUAUUGCAAGAUUUGCACAAGUGCAGACGUUCGAUUGCUGAGUCCUUCGGCAAACUUACCAAUUUAUGUUUACGUUGCGGAAGGACCAGCAGCCUUAUGCCUUCCACGCUGGACUUAUGAUUAAAAAGGUCCAAUAUUAAAUGCUGUGGCGUUACAGGUGAUACAUCAGCAUCUCAGCCAGCAGGUAGAACUAUACCCUUAGCCGCCUUAAGCUACAGAUAUCGAGAUAAGCGCCAGAAGAUUUGAAUUAGUCCGAUUGCUUCUAAGUCUAACCUUUACUGUAGACCUAAAUCUUAUUUCUCGUGUUUUGCAGCUUAUGAAAAACGUCCGGCCAACCGCGGAACGUUUUGAAUUCUCAGACAGAUCUGUGAUAUUAUAUGUCAGUGAGGUAUUUGAAGUAACUCAUUCGUUUGCUAUGUUGAACUGUUACCAAAUAUUUUGUAAGUCAGCGAGAUCUUGAAAAGCAACUCUUAAGUCUGCUAGCUGUGACGUUUUUCAAAAAAGUUUAUGGGUCGCUAAGUUGUGCAACAGAUCAAAAUUCAUUUAUUGAAAUAUUUUGAUAGAGGUAGCGCUCGUUUAAUAUAACUUGGGAGGGACUCUCACCAAACCCUUGAUUUUUAUCGCAAAAACUUAUCACUCUUCUUUUAAAUAAUUUUUUACUGUGUUCUUAAAAGUACAUUUUUAUAACCGUCUAUCAGUUUUUGAAGGAAAUCGUAUUUUCUAGGAAAAAACAUUUUCUUAAAUCGUGAAUUAUUUUAGCUGCAUACUCUAAACUCGAGUUUUGUUUAUUUUGAAAUCCUUGGUUUCCCCUCAGUUCAUUGUAAUCAAAGAAAACGAGAGUGUGAAAUGGGUUGAUAAACUGACGGAAAGCUCUUUAAUUUGUGGUAUUUGAUUUUAGUAAGUCAUAUAAAAGAAUGUUUAUCCUCGUUUGCGUUUUUCAUAGAUUUCUAGUAUCGACGAAUUUUGUGCCACAUUUACUGUGAAAAGAGAGUUUGAUGUGGGAACAGUCCAGCCAGUUCCUGUCAAAGUCUAUGAUUAUUACAAACCAGGUGAAUAAAAAGAUAAAGGAUGUAGUCAGUAUUUUCUACAAUAACUCAAGCGAGUUUUGAAAUUCGCACGAUCUGAAUACGCUAUAUCUUGCUAGAGUCGACUGAGGCGAGACGAUUAUGAUGCUGAUUACUGAUAACAUGAUCAAUAACGUUACCUUCGCGCACUUUUGAUGCUUUCAAAAAACAAAAAAAUUAAUUGAAUGAAAAUACCGUCGCUUGGACAAUCACAAAGUUAAUUAUACUAAAACAGCUAUUCUCACCCACGAAAAAUACCGCUGGUAAAGUUGCAUUUGGUCAGUAAGAAAAUGUCUGUAAAGUUCAUUUAUAAUUUUUCAUUGCAUUGGUUUGUGUCUUUUACUAGAUGAAUCAUGUACAGAAUUAUAUUCACCCUCGACGAGAAGCGCAUUGCUGGGAGGCAUUUGUCAAGAUGGUUAUUGUAAAUGCUCUCAAGGUAUCGUCAACCGGCACAAUCAUUGCUACGGCAUAAUGUAUCAUGUUUUUACAUUUAUCAAACUUUAAGCGGAGUACUUACCUAAACUGCCUAUAACAUCCUUCUGCUGUAUACCCUAAUGAUACCCUGGUAAAGGAGGUUUAUCUCUUUGCUCAUGUAUUUUGAACUGUAAUUCACAAGCUGCAAAAGCAACCUUUCUACCUCAAAGCCAAAGUUUUCUUGCGAAUCGUGAUAGAGGACUUGAAGAAGAAGAUGUAACUUUUGGUUCCUAAUUACACUGGCUUUUAUUGGAAACUUGAAUAAGGGUCAUUGUGUCGGUUUUUGGGAGAUUAUUUCGAAUAAGAUUCAGGACAAAGACAUUCUGCACCCGAAACCUCACUUAGUCUUGUGUUCUGGUCUUUGUUUUCUGAUGUCACCAACUUGGCGGCUUGGUUUUUCAAUAAUGCUUCUUUUUUGCCAGAGAAGACUUCGUGUCACCUCCACUGUCGCCUUAGCGCAUUUUGAUUUAUGGCUGCAUCGUAUCAAUUGUACCAUGUCACCAUUUCAUUAGUACUGAGAGAGGGUCACUUUAGGGAUUCUUUGUUUGCUUUUGCUUAAAAAAUGGCUGCGGAAUUAUAUAUUUUGCGUUUGCGCAUUUAUUAAAACAGCACAAAAAGAUUGAGAGCGUUUUUUUGCUGUUAUUCUUCUUCAGAUGACUGCUUGUCUUGUGUCCAGCGUGAAUUCAAGGUUGAGGAGCUAAAGAAAAAAGCGUGCCUCGAAUUUGACUUUGGUGAGAUACUUGUAAUGAUAAUGCAAUUUUCUGUCUUAAAAAAAGGCUGAAGAAUGAUGUGAGCAUGCCCAGAAGUCACAAUAUAAAACGUCAAUAAUACAACUGUAGCACCCUAACAUCAGUACGCAUAUUCUCCAUACUGUUCUCUAUACAUUUCCUAAGGUGCUGACAAGGAGAAUUUGUGUAACAAUUAAGAGCUUCCUUAGUUGCUGAUCAUUUUCGUUGCUCUCGUGACUUUAACGUUUGAUUCAGGGGUGAUAUUGUCAGGAGAAAUUAGCUACUAAUCAAUCUUAGCAGUCAAAGGGUAACCAGCUGUUUCAAAAGAAAAUAAUAACAAGUUAUAUAAAAUAAAUAUUUGUAUGUGUUUCCUGGAUUUCUUGCAGUGUUUCCUAUACAUUAGUAAACUCCGUGUUCCCAAGUCAGAAAUCUUUUGAACAUGUCGUAAUGCGCUUCUUCUUUAUAAGAGAUUACGAUUAUACAUUACACUUUUACUAAGUUAUUCUAGCUGAAUCCAUCACAAAAAUCAUAACUUCCUCGAUUGUGAUUGGUUUAAAGAACUAUUUUCCACUAACUCACCUGUCAAGUUGUUAUCACAGAGUUUAUUAUCGGACAGUUUGUUGUCGGACAGUUCAAUAAGCCAAUCAUAUUCAAAGUUGGGGUUAAAAUCAACCAAUCACAUUAAAAGUUGCAGUUUAAAUCAACCAAUUGUCAGUCUUUUAAUGCAAAUUUUCCCUUUCUUUCAUAAAUUGGCUAUUCCUGUUUCUCGGAAAUUGUAAUUUUUAUGAUUGAUUGGUAAAAAGACUUUGUGUCGUCCAAUUCGGUCCGUAAUCAUACUCGUGAUAAACAAAUCGGACUCCCGCUGCACGGUCGUUCGAUGUUGUUAUCACUUGUAUGGUUACAGACCGAAUCGGUGGACUCCACUCAUUCCUAUAACCAUCACUAAUUUACGUUGUUGUAAAUGUAUUAUUAUUUCUACAGCUUUCAUUGGCGAAGUGAUCCUGUUGGAUGAGGUGGACACGAGAAAGCAGUCCUGGAUCACGUAUGAAAUGAGGAUAGACCAGGUAAUCAAGAAAACUAAAACAAACUUCGCACAAGGAGACUUCAUUGAGUUCAAGAAAAGAGCAGGAUGUGCAUGUCCUAAGCUGGUAGAGAGGAAAAACUAUAUGAUCAUGGCAAACGAAGAUGGACCAUUCUUUGUUUUUGACUCGAAAUCUUUUGUAAUUCCUUGGGAGAAGAGACGAAAAAACAAGAAUAUGUUGGAUGAUCUUCGUGCAAGAAUAGGAUUAGAUCCUAGGUGUACAUUGUAGAACUUAGUUUAUCGUUUUUGUUUUGUACUGUUUUUUAUACAAACUUUUUCAAUGUUCAUUUUUCAAAUGUUAGAAAAGAAGAGAGAAAAUGAAAAAGGGCAAAUUAUAGUUAGCUAAUAAGAUAUCCUUUAAGUUAAAUUACAUUUUUUCAUAUAAUAAAACAAAACAAUACAAAUAUUAGACUUAAAUAUGCUUGUUUUAGUCGUUUAGUUGUUACAUUUUUGUUUUGCGAGAGAACUGAUCUCGCAAGAGCUCUAAAGAAUAAUCCAUUGACUUGAGGUACUCUAUAAUUUCAUAGGAUUUUCAUAUUAGUUAAACAAGUAAAACAGUUACUGAUGAUCGUGUAUGAAGCCCAAAAACAACGAAAUGGGCUUGUCAAUUGUGAUUAUGCAAAAAAUCGGUCAGUUGGUACUAUGCUUUCACGAGGUCAGAGUCGCGAAAGUCGAAGAAAACGUGCUUACGUGUCAAAGCCAGUUAUUAUAAAUUAUAAAUUUUGUCAAUUUGUCAAAGCUAUUGGCUUCUAUUUUUUCCCACAAAAAAUUAUAAUGAUAAAAAAAACACACAACUAAAGCCUCUAUAAUUCCUUCGUGAGCAGAAAUUAGUCUUUAUAAUGCGU